AUGGAAAGUUCAUAUAGUGUUGAUCCAUAUUUUACUAAUGGCUUUUCAAUUCGUCCAUCACAAAUAGCUCAUAAAGACAACAAUGUGGCUUAUGCUAAUAUCGCAAGCGACGCAGUGACAGAAAUUAACCGAAAUGAAAACAGAAGACGUAUGGCAUACCCUCGUGAUUGUUUAAUAUGCACAUGUAUUUUAUGUCUCGGUCUCCUAGCAGCUGCCAUUGGUGUAGCACUUGGUUUGACUUUAAGUGGUAAAGUCACGACAACAACAACAACAGAAACAACAGAAACAACAACAACAGCAACAACAGCAACCACAACAACAACGACAACAGAAACGACAACAACAACAACGACAACAGAAACGACAACAACAACAACAAUAACAACAACAACAACAACGACAACAGAAACGACAACAACAACGACAACGGAAACGACAGCAACAACAACAACAGCAACAACCACUACCGAAUAUACAUGGGGUUAUAAAACAGCAAAUGUUCUAAUACUAGUAGUACUUAAAACUCCUCCAUCGAUAUCAGUUAUUGUUCGACAUACAAAUAAAAAUGAAACUAAUCAAAGUGAAAAAAAAUGA